CGGCAUGCCGUGGAAUCUGUCCUGAGUCCGGUUUUAUCUGCAGCAGACAUAUGUGGCCCCUCCUGGUCGGAAUUUAUCAUGCCUCAUCGAGAAUGCAGCUUCUCAGCACAAGCUCUUCUUUUCAAGUUUCAGUUCCACUAUAUUUUGCAGACAUGACCAGAACUGGGGCACAGGUCUCAGGGAAGAGAAGCUGCCAUGCCUGUCCUUAAGAACCCCUACAGUCUCAAAAUGGCCAGUAGGGAAGAGGGCAGCAGUGGGACACUCAUCCUGGACAAAGACAGCAGGGGCACCAACCCCUUCGAGGAGGACCUCGACGAGAACGAGAGGGACUCCUUCCUUGGGGACGUCUCCCCGGAGAGCAGAAACUCCUCCCCGGAGGACGGGAGCAAGUUUCACAGGGAUCUCUUCAAGAGCAUCCCUGAAGGACACUACAAGCGACGGGCCACCCUGGAGAAGCUGGUAGGGCUGUCUCCUUUCCGCAUGGGCAAAGGCAGGAAGAGCGGGGGCAAGGACGGGGCCCAGAAUGGGGAGAAAGGGUCGGACCGGAGGUCCCUGCUGGGGCGGAUGAUGCUCCCCUUGUCCGAGGGUAACCAGGGCCAAAGAACGCCAGAGAAAAAGAAGAUGCGCCGCAGCUCGGAAGACUUCAGCCUGCUUCAGCGCUUCAAUGGGCGCCGUAAAGAGGGUCUGUACAACUUGGACUGCGGCCUGGCCGAGAAGGAGAACGGCGGGGGAGACACUUUGAAGCGCAUGUCCUUCCUCAAGAUAGGGCUAGGUGGGAAGGUGCGCAGAGCAUCACUGGUGGAGAAGCUCAGUCAGACAGAGACACUGGAAACAGCUCCGGUCAGCGAGGAAGCAGAGCCAGCAAAGGCCAAGGAGCCCCUCUCAGUCCUGGAAAUCCUGAACCUGAUCCACCAGAGGGAUCUCUUGACAGCUGACCGGCACAUCAUUGAACUGGAAGCAGAGUGCCGGCAGGCUGGUCAGCAGAGCCCGGAGAGCAGCGAGAUGCGGAAAGACGGGAGCCGGAAGGCCAAGGACGUGGCUCUCCUCUACGAAGCCCUGCUGAAGGUGCUCUGGGAGGUCCUGGCCGAAGCCCUGGCCGCCAAAAGCGUGUCGCCAGCACUGGAGCUCAUGAUAAGGGUGAUUGAGCAGGAGGAGGACACGGACCGGAGGUGGCUCGCGGCCAGGGGGGGCACGGCGGACGGGUCCGGGCCCCGGCCCCGAGCCAUGAAGCAGCAGUGGGUGGAAGCGGUGAAGCAGCUGGUCGGCCAGAGGUUGCGCCAGUGCCUGGAGGGCAGGGCUGGCCCCAUUGCCCCCCUGAUGGACAGCCUGGCCAAGCGUGCCUUGGAGGACUUGUGCACAGUGAAGUUCCACCUGCUGCACGCUUACCCGAAAGAGUACGAGGCCUUCAGCACCUACCUGUGCAGCUACCACCAGGGGCUGGCCCAGCACUUGGCGGAGGUGGUCCAGAGGAGCUUGAGCAUCUCUGAGCUGUACUUCGUCUUGGACUGGAACAGCAACAUCUACCAAAGAGAGGUGCUGGGCCGAGGUGAAAUCGCCCCCUUGGUCAGCAAGGCCCCGGGACUGGGCCCCCUGCUGUCCCCCGAGACCCAGCGGAGCCUAGAAGAGGACUGUAUUGCAGCUGUGAAGGCUAAGACCGUGGAGGCCAUGAGCCGAGAGCUCCAGGAGGAGGAAGAGCGGUGGGCCCAGGAGGAAACCGAGGACUCUCAGUUCUGCCUCUCCAGCAAAAUCAUCUCUGUGUUACGGGCCCACACUGACAGAGCCCCCCAGAUCACGGCAGACUUCGGGAUGAGAAUGGCUCAGUGCUGCCUGUCCUGCCUGGCGGAAUUCCUGCAGAGUUUCCAGAGGAAGGUGGAAAAGUUCCACGAGGGGCAAGCGGAGAGCAGCCGGACAGUGGACAGCUACACGAGCCGGACCGUAGCACUCGUCAAUUACUGCCCACCCUUCCAGGACUACGUCAAGUGCUUGGUGAGAUUUGGUCACCCAGAAAGCAAGAAAGUGGAGUGCCAGGCCCGAGAUGCCCUGGACGGAGUGACCCGGCUCUGCAACCGCAUGCUGGCCGAUCAGAUCUUCCUGAACCUGAAGCCCUGCUUCCACAGACUGAUGAAAAGGAAGUGGCUGAGCAGCUCUGAGGCCUUCUCCACCAUGAUGGCUCUUCUCUCGGAGCAUGCCCAGAAGAUGAAGAAGAUGAAGCCGGAGCCAUACCAGAUGCUGGUGAGGGACGUGCACCACGGGGUGCUCAUUGAAUACAUCCGUCCGCUGAUGCGAGUUCGGACCAUCUGCACGUCCUCGAAGAUGAGAUCCAAAAUGGCCGCCAAGCUGAGAAGCGAAGCCCAACAGCUCCAGGAAUUCUUUGCCCAGCUGAAAUCCACCUCCGCCUGGCUGGACUCUGCCGUGCCACACCUGGCGGAGAUCAUCGAGUUGGAGGACAUGCCCGCCAUCCAGAUGGAAGUGGGGUUCCUCGCCAACGACUUCCCUGAUGUGCAGAAGAAGCACGUGUCGGCCAUCCUGGAUGUGCGGGGCCUGCGGAACCAAGUCCAGCGCCAGGACAUUCUGGCCGUGUUGGAGGGCCUGGAGCAGACAGGGGAGGAGGCCUCGCCCUGCCAGGAGCAGGCCUUCUUCACCAAGAUUCCCACCAGUGAGGUUUCCUGCCUCCGAGUCAAACUGCACCGCCUUUCGCAUGUAGGACACGCCUGCCUCUCUAGGCUGCGCUGGAGGCCCCGGCAGCUGCAGCGGCGGCAGCGGCAGAGACCCAAAGACAACGAGGCUGAAUCGCAGGUGUGAGAGCAUUCGGCCCACCACGUCUGAUCUUCCGUGCAAGCUGCGGGGGCUGCUGGGCAGGUGCCUGGAGCCCCCUGCUGCCUCCUGCUUCCAAAGAACUCUGCGCUCAGAGGGAGGGAUGUGAGCACGCUCUCACCCACCCACCUCUCUGGCCUCGGCUGCUUUUCUGGCCCCCCCCCAUUAGAGCCAAGAAUGACCACAGCAACAAUUCACAUUACCCAACAUAAGGAUGGCCAAAAGAACUUGUUAAAGCCUCCUUGGGGGCUAAAGCUGGUGGGGAGGGGGCUGGGGUCCCUCCGACUCAGCAACUGCCGAGUUCCCGAGAAUCCAGCCAGGCCUCUUCUGAUGAAACGGGAGAGAGGGAAAUCUCCGAUUUAGUAUUAGAAUGAGAGGUGGACGUGCCUCCGGAACCAAACUGCCCCCUGCAGCCUCCUGAGGUGCCCCCCCACCCCCGUCAUGGAGUUGUCCUGCUUCCAGGUCUACCCCCAGCAUCAAAGGGAUGGUUGGGGGUUGGGGGGGGCCCUGAGCAAGGCAGCCAGUGGGGGUGGGGGGCACAAGGCAUGGUUCAGCUGAAGGGGAGGGAACAAAGAGAAGCCACUUUCGUUGUGUAGAGAAAAAUAAACGCAUAUUAAUUUA